AUGCUUCAGGCCGUGGUCGCCUCGGUCGUGGCCAUCGCUGCCAGUGCUGCUCUUUACCUCGCGCACAAGGGCGACGAGAAGAGCGCACCGAACAACGCAUACAUUCUGGAGAACACGGUUACCCACGCGCGGCUGCUGCCGGAGCCGUCUACGCACGCGUUCAGCUAUCCCACUGUUGCCUUCCUCCUCUCACUCGAUGCGCUCGAAUCGCAUUCGCUGGACCUCGCUGGCGGCUGGCUCUUUGGAUACGGCGGCGUGUCCUGGAGAGUGACUGGCCUCCGGAGCGCUGCGUACCUCCUCCCUGAUUCUCGCAGGGACGGGAAGAAGUCCAGGGGGAUCGAGGAGAAGCUACGGGAGGUGCUUGAACAGCAUGGGGAGGAUGGGGGAGAGCUGGGGGAUGUCUGGAUGCUGACGAUGCCUAGCUAUAUGGGCUACGAGGGUAUCAAUCCUCUGACCGUCCAUUAUUGCUAUAGGAGGGGGGAGGAGAGGAUGGCAUGGACCGUCUUCGAGAUACACAACACUUUUGGCGAGAAACAUGUGCAUGUUCUGGACGGCGUGAGGUCUAUCUCGUAUCUUAUAUCUCCUGCUGGACAUCUCAGGUUCGACCAUUCGUGGACGAUCGACCGGGGCUUCCACGUCUCUCCCUUCAAUGACCGUCUGGGGAAAUACACGAUAGCCAUCUCUGCCCCACCACCACCUCGCUCUCCUGCGCUUGCUUCAAGCCCACCUCGGCCGAAGAUCCGCAUACACCUACACGCCUCAGCGGACUCUCUGGGUGCUGACUCGGAGAAGACGAGUGCCGUCGGCCCCCUGAAGCUCACCGCAACACAGGUUGCACGGCGCGCCGUGCCCCUGACGUGCAGCACUCUGGUGGGAACCCUUACGCGUUACCCCUUUGCGCUGCUCUUGUCGUUUUCGCGUAUUCUGUAUCACGCGUGGGUCCUCCACUAUGUGAAGCGUCUAGACGUAUUUCCUCGUCCCGACCCGAAACCUGCGAUGGCGAACUGGGGCGUCCACCCGCGUCGCGUGCAGCCGGGUCAGGGCGCUGCUGACUGCGCGAAGGACCCCGUGUCGCGCGCGUAUGGAGGGGUUGGAUGGCAGGACGAAGGCCCGCUGGAGGCGUACUCGCGCAGGAUCGCGGCGGACUUUCUCUCUCGACGUGCAGAAGAACUACGUCUGGACAUCACCCUCGUCUCUGGGGACCCGUCUGUGCCUGACCUGACGUUCUCCCCUUGGACCGCACUUGUCGACGGAGAAGGCGAGCGGGAAGAGCUCGUGGUCUACUACACUGCCCCUCGCUUCUUCACUACCCUCCUCCUGGCGCCUUCACCGGCGCAUCUGCUCCUGCUCAGGCGGGCGGACGACCUGUUCCGCGUGAGCUCGGACGAGUUGUUCGUGCGCGUCUUCUCUGCUUCUUCGAUGGAGCACCCUGGCCUGUCUUGGACCCAGAAACUGCGCGCGUCGCUGCUGCCCCGUAGCUUCGUCUCGUCUGCGGCGAUGGUAUCUCAGCAUCCGCUGGACAGUAGGGCUCCACGUGUUCUGAAUGCACUCGCGGUGUGCGCGCUGCAUCUCGCGGACGCCUUGGAGCACAUUAUCUUCACGGUACUGGGUGCCAGGUUCGUCCAUGGGACGGAACCCUGGAGACGAUGGGAACGCGCUGCUGCACACGGAUCGUGA